AUGGCCUUUCAGACGAACGUCUUCAGGAAUGGAGCCUGGGUUACGGAAACCAUCGACCUCCAAGCUGUGCUAAGGGGCUCAACCGCCACCGCUGCCGCCGCUGCACCCCCUUCACCCCCUGCCCCUCCAAAUUGCGGCAUCCUGACGAGAACCAUCAUCGAGAGUCCUAUAGCCCGGUGGGUUCUCCCAGCUCGCCUCAGAUCAGCCCAUCAUAACGAUGUCGCUUUCGUCGGGGACCGUUACGUGAGCAUCAACGAGUUGCGCAAGGAUGGCCAGCUCCAAGAGGUUCUUCGAAAAAACGACUUCGGCUGCCGCAUCCGAAACGCCUUGGUGAUUGGAAACAAGUAUGAGCACUUCCGCGUCGUGGCUGAAGAAGCUGGACCCGACCAUAUCAAAAGUGAAGACGAGGACGACGACACUCAAAUGGCUGACAUCAGCUCCGCCUCCGCCACCAGCGGCCCCCAUGGUCUUUUGCCACCACACUUGCUACUUCUGAUCCUCGAGUCCGGUUCCUUCGUUUUCCUCUUCAUCAGGAGGGACCUUCACGGAAAGCUAGAGUUCGUCGCCUCGCCCUUCCACAACCCAGCCAGGCGACUAGGCCGCCUAGGAUUCCAUGUAGCCGUUGAUCCUCGAUCUCGUUACAUUGCUGUUGCUGAUGCCCAAAACAAAUUCGUCGUCUAUGAACUCGAAUCCAUGGAGUCGAUGGGCGACCAAUAUAUGCGUCACAAGUCCAUCAGCCCAAUAAAGACACACCAUCCAAGGGCAAUCCAGGGGACAAUACUCAAAAUGGAGUUUCUCUAUCCCCGCCCAGAGGAUGAACAGCAUGUUAUUCUCCUUCUCAUCGUUGUCAAAGGCGACAGAUCAAAGAUGGUUAUCUAUGAAUGGGAACGUGGGGAUGACCUCAGCCAGGUACUCGCAGAGGAGAAGCGCGGCCACCGCAUAGCACCCGAGCAUCGUCUGCCACUUUUGAUCAUUCCUUUGACAGUUAGAAGCUCCUUCUUUGCGGUAUCGGAGCACGCGCUUGGGAUCUGCAAGGACCCCCUUCAGGGCCCUCCUGAUAUCGAGACGAUCAACCCGAUCAGCCACCCCACCACCCCUUUCCACCAUGGAACUGGCGUGCCACUCUGGACGGCAUGGGACAGGCCAGUACGAAGACGACGCUACUACGACACAAAAGACCUCAUUUAUAUGGCUCGGGAGGACGGCGUGAUUGUCUUCUUUGAGUUUAAUGCCACAGACAUCCUUAGCGCCGCCAUGAAUGUUGGCAACUGCAACUGCAAUAUUUCCACCGCCUUCACCACAAUGUACGACGCCUACUCCGAUGUUGCUAUAGUUGCAGGCGAUUCCGGCCCCGGAAUGGUCUUCCAGCUCAAACCUCGAGAACCCCUCGUCGAGCUUGGAAUCAUCCCCAACUGGUCGUGUGCUGUUGAUUUUGUCACCACGGAUGCUCUAGCUACAUGGAACCCUAGGAGCGGGCCACGGGGAAAACCAGUCGUGCCAUGGCGACAACGGACAUUAGAGAACAUAACAUCUCCAGACAAGGUCCUUUGCGCAUCAGGAAAUGGCCCUCAAGGCAGCAUCACAGAACUCCGCUACGGGCUUCCCGCCAACAUAAUAUCGUACUUUGAACCGCUACCCACGAGAAGAGUUUGGGUGUUCCGGACCACCGAUGCCAGCUGGCCAUACCAAAUGUUGAUGGCAAGCCCUGGAACCUCGGAUGUUUUGCUGGUAUCCGCCGACCUCUCUCUUGCGGAGAUGGCUGACUCAAUGUUAACCCAAUUCGACACGGCAUCCCGAACUCUUGCAGCAGCACAGAGACCAGACGGAACCAUGAUUCAGGUGUCCGAGAAAUACAUCACACUGAUAAGCCGAAAUCACAGUUCGAGACAUAACCUCAAUGACUUCACCUGUAUCGGCGGAGUAACGGAGCACGCUGCAGUCAGAGAUCAUCGUGUUUGUGUGUCAACCUAUGCUGAGUCUCGCUUUCACAUCCACGCAUUCCGUACUAGCAUUGAUGAGCUGUCUCUCACUCAGACAUAUGCCAUCGAUGAUGACGAGGGACUCGAGUCCAACGAUGGGGAUGCAAUGGAAAUAGCACCGACCGUUGAGCUUGUCAAUACUAUUGUGGCGAUAACUGAAUCAAAGCAGCAAACGAGUCUGGUUCUGGGAACUCGCAGCGGCCACCUGAUCACAGUUCAACUCAGCGGCGCCGCUCCUUUUCAUCGACAUCUGUUUAGGGAGAGGUUGGGUACAGUCGCUCUUGAGGUGUUUCCCGUCGACGCGCCGUUUCUCCCAAGCUCGGUCUUAGUAUGCUGCAACGACGCUCUGCUUCUGCUGAGAGACUUUGAGACCAGGCGGCCAGGCCACUUCGCCACCAGGCAUCGCGUGUGGGUAACUGACCUGAAGCAUCCAGCAACAGGUUCGGUACCGGUUAUCUCCGCCGCCAGCAUACCAACCGACCUCGGCGGCAGCAAUCGAUUACCCCUGGUUCUCCUUUCAGGGGAGCGUAUGUCGUUUACGGAGCUGUAUCUGAAAGCUGGCCCGGUUCCAAAAAGUCUGCCGUUGCCCGGAACACCCUCCAAGUUGCUGUACUCCCAAACGCUACAGUGUUUGGUUGUCGCAGUCCAGAUUGGACAACAUCCGACCAUCCUGUUUAUGGAUCCCGAAACAGGAGAUGAUCUCUCUCUGCCUCAAGACAAGCACGGCAACGAAACAACAUUUAUCAAUGGGAUGGGAAGCCCCAACGACAGGAUACACGCAGUCUAUGACUGGCUGUUCGUAAGGGAUGGGAUGACGUUCCAUUAUCUCAUCAUCACAACAGCGGGGGGACGCCUCUUGCUUGUGACCCCAAAGAAGGAAGAAAGCCGUGAUAGCGAGGGUAACAGGAGAACGAGGAUACGGUUUUUCACUAAAUACAGACUGAAAGAGCCUGCGCCCAUAUACUCUAUUGUCGGGGACGGUGAUGGCAUCAUCUACUGCGCCGGGAAUAUGUUGCACUGGGACGUUCUCGAUCCCGUCGAGAAGAAGCUCGUCCGGAGAAAGAGCUAUGAGCUGAAUUCUCCCGCGACUUCGCUGCGGAUAGUCAACGGCAAGAUAUCGGCGCUGACUCUGAGCGACUCGGUAGUGGUCAUUGACCACACAUCAGAACACGAACACGGCAACAUGAAACAGAUCCAUGCGGACCAGGUCACGCGGAAAUCCAGUCACUUCUUCGAUGUCGGGGAUGAUACAGACGAACAGCUAGCCUGGCCAGUGACUUUGCUCACUGGUAUGGACCGGCACUUUACGGCAGUGUGGACUCCUUGGAAAGAGCCUCAAAGAGAGUUGGAACUUGUCGCAGAGGGACCACUCCCGGCCAGUGUCAGGAAACUCCAACGGGGCCAUGUGCGACCGGAAUGGGUUGCAACGGAACAUAUGCCAAAAUACGGCAGCAUACCCAGCACGGUCGACGGGGCCGAGGUGCUCGGGGUCUGUCUGGACGGGUCGUUGUUGCACUUCAGCCUUGUCAACGUUCAAGCAUGGCGAUUCCUUCGCCUAGUCGAGAACCUGGCCUUGAGAAGCCAACGCCUAUUUCCGUAUAGCUACAAAGUGUCGGUUCAGGGCGCUGAUGAAUAUGAUGCGGAGGCAAAGGAGACGCCCAAGUCGAUGAAGCACAUUGACGGAGACCUGCUCCAGCGGUGCGUCGACUAUCGGGCGCUAGAGAAGAUGGUAUUGGAAGACAGUGAUAUUGACCUGUUGCGGGAGUAUCUGGACGACCUGGAUGACGGAAAAUGGACGGCAUCGUUCCAGGACACCUACGACAUUACAAGGUAUUUUGAGCUGGCCUACGACAUCUUAGACUACUAUCUGGCUCCUGUUAUUUGA